AUGCUGACGCGACUUUUCAGCGAGCCCAGCCUGGUCCCCGACGUCCCCAAAUUCGGCGGCUGGGCCGAGGAGUGCGAGGAGGAUGCCCGCAGCGAGAAGGAGGAGCGGGCGGGGAAGGGCUGCGCCCUCCCCGAGGAGCCGCCCGAGGGGUCGCUGGGGGAGAGCAAGGAGGAAGGGGAGCUAGGCGGGGACGAGGAGGAGGAGGAGGAGGAGGAGGAAGGCCUGGAGGAGGCGGAGGGCGAGCGGCCCAAGAAGCGCGGCCCCAAGAAGCGCAAGAUGACCAAGGCGCGGCUGGAGCGCUCCAAGCUGCGGCGGCAGAAGGCGAACGCGCGGGAGCGGAACCGCAUGCACGACCUGAACGCGGCCCUGGACAACCUGCGGAAGGUGGUGCCCUGCUACUCCAAAACGCAGAAGCUCUCCAAGAUCGAGACCCUGCGCCUGGCCAAGAACUACAUCUGGGCCCUCUCCGAGAUCCUGCGCUCGGGCAAGCGGCCCGACCUGGUGUCCUACGUGCAGACUCUGUGCAAGGGGCUCUCGCAGCCCACCACCAACCUGGUGGCCGGCUGCCUGCAGCUCAACUCCCGCAACUUCCUCACGGAGCAGGGCCAGGAGGGCGGCCGCUUCCCCGGCCCCAACGCCUCCUUCGCCGUGCACCCCUACCCCUACCCCUGCUCGCGGCUGGCCGCGGCGCAGUGCCCCCCCGCCGCCGGCCCCGGCGCCCACGGGCUGAGGACACACGGCUACUGCGCCUCCGCCUACGAGAGCCUCUACGGCAACGCCUCCCCCGACUACAACAGCUCGGAGUACGACGGGGGGCUCAGCCCCCCGCUCUGCGUCAACGGCAACUUCUCCCUCAAGCAGGACUCUUCCCCCCCCGACCACGAGAAAAGCUACCACUACUCUAUGCACUACUCGGCGCUGCCCGCCUCCCGGCCCGCCGGCCCCAACCUGGUCUUCGGCUCGGCGGGGAUGCGCGGGGGGGUCCACUCCGAGAACAUCUUCCCCUACGACAUGCACCUCCCGCACGAGCGGGGCCCCAUGUACGAGGAGCUCAACGCCUUCUUCCACAACUGA